AACAGAAUUAUAUAUAAAAUAAUGUAUGAAAGCGUGAGAGAGAGAGAGAGAAAGAGAAAGGGAAUGAAAGAAAAUUUGAGUUUAAGAAUUUUAUUGAAUUCAAAGAUGCAAAAAAAUAAAGGCGACUUAAUGGCACAGGGCCGUUUUAUAUUUUAUUUUCAUUAUCUAACAUUAUCUAUUCAUUGUUAACGACCUUUGAAAUAUAUAUGCGACUUUUCAUUUUGUCAAAUUACAAAUAAUUUGAUAAGAGUUAGUCGAGUUUGAUAUAAAAAAUUUUAUAUUAGACAGCGAAGAUAAUAAAACAGAGGAUGAUCUAAACAAGAACGGAAAUAAUUCGAAGGAUUUCGAAAAUGAUUUGGCCUUUCAAAAGUGAUCGAUACAUGGUUGCUCGAGGACAGUGUAAAGGGCCGAUAUUUGUGCCACUUGGAUCCCCUGUUUCUUUUUCUAUACAUUUACAUGUUAGCAGCUUUGCUUCGUCGUCGUCGUUUGUAGGGAGAGCACGCAGUCGCAAAGUGAACGCGCAGCACCGUGCUCGUGAUCACCAGGCCAACGUAUGUAGGAGUUCGAUUUUGACGUUCGUAGAAUCGACUAUUCCGUGCUCUCGUUAUAUACUCUUACUUUAAUUUUCCCUCUUCUUUCAAUCCACACACACAUAGUUAGCCAAUUGUCUAUUUUGUGCAUCCUCGUGUUUAUUCCUUUUCUACGCGUUUGCGCUCGCACGUUGUUUAUUCACGUCCUAUGCGAUCCAAUGUCCUUCGGAAAAUAAAUAUCGAGAGGUCGUUUUAUUAAAGUUAUUUAUUGGUAGGUACUCGAGAUUUACGUUUCUUGUGUGUGAGCGUGUGUAUGUAUUUGCGUGUUUAGAACGCGUGCGAUGUGAAAUCUACUUGUUCUAUAUAACAAAAUUACGAUAAUUAUUCGCGAUAAUGUGUGACCUCGUAACCAACAGGAUCUUAUUAUUGAAGUGCUAAAAAAACAAAAAAGCUAAGAGAGAGAGAGAGAAUGGAGAAAAUGAGAUCGUUGAAAUCAAGGAUUACAAGAGAAACGAUGAUACGUUGUUUUAAUAUUCGUCAUAUUAGAAGAUCGAUAUCGUUUUAUCAAACUACGGUUAACGUCGAAUAGGGAGGAGAAGGGAAUAAAAAAAGAAAAAAAAGAAAAGUCGAACCUCUCUCUUCUCUUUCUCGAGAAGAGCCCUUCGACGACCGCAAUGCGCGCGCGGUGAAUCGACGACGGACACUCUGUUGUUCUACAUCCCGAAUCAUUGUGAAAUACUGCUACGAUCUUAAAGCGUAUAAUAUGGUAACUAUGAGCUCCGAAAAGUCGGCCUCCCGCCGAAAGCCAAUAGAGAAUAAUGAUACGAGAGAAUCAUCGGAUCAAACUGGCGACAGGGAAGAGAAUGAUCGAACCGAGGAGAAUGUUGAGAAACAGAAUACACCCACGCACCGUAUCACUGCCUGUUGCGCUGAAGAUACGCCAAAUUAUCUCGUCUACAAAAAGAUGGAAUCUCUAAUGGAAAAAAUGUUGGAGGAAGCUACAGGUGUCCCUGUAAGAACAGUGAAAAGUUUCAUGACAAAAACUCCAUCAGUUUUCACAGGUUCCGAUUUGAUAUCGUGGAUGAUGAAAACUAUGGAUAUUGAUGAUCAAGAGGCUCUUCACGUGGCACAUCUCAUGUCAUCUCAUGGUUAUUUCUUUCCCAUUGAUGAUCAUUGUCUUACCGUUAAAAACGAUAACACAUUCUAUAGAUUUCAAACGCCUUAUUUUUGGCCAUCGAAUUCUUGGGAACCAGAGAAUACCGAUUACGCCGUUUAUCUGUGCAAAAGAACGAUGCAAAAUAAAACGCGUCUCGAAUUGGCUGAUUAUGAAGCCGAGAAUCUAGCUAGAUUGCAGAAAAUGUUCUCUCGAAAGUGGGAGUUCAUUUUUAUGCAAGCGGAAGCACAGAGUAAAGUCGAUAAAAAGAGAGAUAAACUGGAAAGGAAAGUAUUGGACAGUCAAGAGAGAGCCUUUUGGGACGUGCAUCGGCCAAUGCCUGGCUGUGUAAAUACGACAGAACUCGAUAUCAAGAAAGCAUGUCGCAGUCAAAAACCAAACUUGAGAUCUAGUAAACAUCUGAAACUUGGGAUCGCUGGUGGAAGAAUUUCUCCCCAUUCGGAAUCUUACAUAACGUUUACGAUAGAAUCGUUGCAAAAGGAAAUUGACAUGUUGAGGGAUAGAUUGGAUAGGAGAAAUAUCAAAGUUUCUAAAGUUGCGGAAGCUCUUAUCGGAUACUUCGAACAGUAUUCCGAGUAUGAUCCAUUUUUUACUCAACCUGAAUUUACAAAUCCAUGGAUAUCGGAUAAUCCGGAAAUGUGGGAGCAAGAGAAAAUAGCGAAAGAAGUAUCUACGAGAAGAGUAAAGAGAUGGGCGUUUGGCCUUCAGGAAUUGUUACAGGAUCCGGUCGGUAGAGAACAAUUUAUACGAUUUUUGGAAAAAGAAUUUAGCAGUGAAAAUCUCAAAUUUUGGGAGACCGUACAGGAAUUGAAAACCUUCUCGCAGAAAGAUGUUAACGUUAAGGUUGAAGAAAUUUGGAAUGAAUUUUUGGGUCCAGAUGCGAGCUGUCCAAUUAACGUCGAUUCUAGGUCCUUCGAAAUAACGAAAAAAAAUUUGGAAAAACCUGAUCGUUGGUGUUUCGAUGUCGCUGCGGCUCAUGUUUAUCAUCUCAUGAAGAGUGAUAGUUAUUCGAGAUAUCUUCGUUCUGAGAUGUACAAAGACUUUCUUAAUGGUUCGAAGAAGAAGACGUCGGUAAAAGGUAUCCGAUCAAUCGUAUCUUUCACUGGGCGCAGAGAUACGGCAACUUCGUAAUCUGUCGUGAUAUUUGAAAAUAUCAUGUAAAAAAUUGGAAAAGUGCGGAUAUCAUUUCUAAUCAGUAAUCACUAAAUCUUCAUUCAAGAAAUUUGAUUUUAGCGACGUCAGAAAUGUAAUCAAAAGGAUCCAAUGCUAUGAAGUAGUAAAUACCGACAGUGAUCAGACUGGCAUUUACUAGGCUCAAUAGAAACAGGUGGCAAUAAUCAGAUGUGCCGAAUUAUGGUUUUCUACUUACAGUAGUAUGUACUUUUGUUGACAAAUCGUCGUUGAUAAAACUGUUUGAAAUGUCAACUAACGUUCUAUAAUUAUUAUAUAUGUAUAAUACGUACAGUUUUUCUGCGUCGUGUAAAUGGACUUAAAAAUGGAAAAGUGAAACGAGUUAAUGUUUGAGGUAGACAGCAUAUAUAAGACUCACAGAUGUGUACCAACGUUUUUUCAUUCUUUUUUUAAUCCUCCUCCUUCCUCUUUCUCUCUCUCUCUCUCUCUCUCUAUCUCUCUUUUUCUAUCUUAUUUUCUCUCUUACUUUCUCCCUUUUUCUUUCUUUCUCUUAAAGCUCGACACACUUCCUUUCUUUUCUUACAAAAGAAAAAUUAUUCUAUUUCUAAUAAUUGAGAUGGCAACCGCGUGUCUAAUAAUAAUUAAAGCAAGAUAGAUAAGCGCUUCGUGAAGAAAGGAAUAAUUAAUGAAUUACUAGAUUAUUCGAACGCAGAAUCUCUCUCUCUCUCUCUUUCUUUCUCUCUCUCUCUCUCUCUUUCUCUCUCUCUCUCUCUCUCUCUCUCUCUCUUUCUUUCGUCUUUCGUCAUACACCGCUAUUAUAAACAUACAAUGUCUUCUUGGAUGCUCUUUUAUCGGAUAAGCGAACAAUCCAAGUGCGAAGAACUAUUUAUGACAACACGCCCCUUGUAACUUCAGCACUCAUAGAGUCGAGCCUACGAACGUUACGUCUUCUUUAAACAAACGCUUCUCCCACAUGUUUUCACGCAUCACGAUAAUUCUUUUUUCUUCUUCUUCUUCUUAUUUUCCCCAUUUCGUAAUAAUAAGAAAAAUAUUUUUAGUGGCUCGCGCGUGCAUUUUGUACAUUCGCACAGGCGUGACUAGAUAUAUACGAAUACCCAGAGAACCCGGAGCAUCGGUGUGAAUCGCUAAUGCAAAAAUCGUCUAACGCGAACUAGGUUCAUUUAAAAUCUGGAGAUUUAACACCCUUCUUUUUUUUUUCUUUCUUCUAACGGCCUUUUAUCAAAUAUUCAUUUAAGUAACGUCUUAUCGGCUUGAUUUAAUUAAAAUUUUCGAUCUCGUUUCAAUGAUCGAAAUUUAUUCUUUAUGAGCUAUGAAAAUUCAUGCCACCUAUGUUAUAACUAAGAAAUUCAUUUCUAAUGAAACGUUUGAGUGGUCUGUUAAAAAAAAAAAAUAAUAAAAAAAACAUACAAGAAAACAACAUGACUAAUCAAUUAGAGUAAAGAUACUACGGAUAUACAUACUACUAAUGCCAGAGUAUAGAACAAGAGAUCGACGCGACGCAUUUUCAAUGAUAAAAUCUCAUAAUAAUAUUAUGAACGAUAAACGAUAGUACAUCGAUGAUCCGCCUGAUAAAAUCUUGUAUUUGGAAAAACAUAUACACUAACAUUGGUCUUACAAAAGUGUUUUUGUCACUUUAGAAGGCAAUCUACCACUUAAUGAUCAAUGACUCUAACGAUUGUUAAAAAAAAAAAAAAUCGAUCGUAUUAUUAACGAAAAACGAUUCGUGAUGUGAUCCUAAUCGCUAAAUACUGAUCACAAGUAUUUUCACUUCUCUUACAAUCGAGAGUGAAAUACUUCACAUACUCAUGAGUUAUCUAUAAGUAUUGUAAUAAUACGCUUAUGUAGUCCCUGCAUUUAUAUCUACGAAUAUUUUGUAUACUUUCCUUGGAAUGACGUCAUCACAAAAAUUACACGAACGAGUAAAGAUAUUUCUCAUUCGUGAGGGUUAGUUUGUAAUUACACUUCUAUACCGUUAUACCUCUUCGAUCUUUUUUUUACUGUUCCUUUUGAUUAGAGGCACAAUGGCCCAGAGAGCGGUACCCAGUAUAAGUAUUAUACCGAAUGCCAAGAAAAUGGGUUUAUAAGAUCCAACGUGUUCAUAGAUGACACCGCAAACCGGCGGUCCGACGAGUUGGAGGACACCGUUAACAAAGAGCGAGAUUCCAUAAGAGGAACUGAGUUUAUCAGUACCAAGCAUGUCAGCCAGGAUAACGGUCGUGAUGCCGAUGUACAUGCCGGAAGAGAGGCCAAAUAGUGCACAGAAAAAGGAAAGCAUCCCAUAACUAUUGGCCAUCGGUAGUAGCGCCAGAGCUAUCCCACUAGUUCCAAGGCCACCGACGAAAUAAUAAUAUUUCGGUACGAAGUCUAUAUCGGAUAAAGAAGCACCACUUAUUCUACCGAUAAGAUCAAGAGCUGAAACAGUGGACAACAAAAGAGCCGAUGAAUUUUGAUCGAAGCCUUGGGAGUUUGCGUAGGAUGGCAAAUGAAUCAUAAAGUUUGUAUUGCUGAUCGCUGACGUCGAGUUUGAUAUCAAAAUGACCAGAUAGAUCGGAUCCUUCAGCAUGCUGAAAUCAAAAGAUAGAUAUACUUUCUUCGUGCUUUCACCCUUAGUCGAUGAAGUCUCGGACUUCGAUGGCUUUGGCGUUGAGAUUUCUACUUGCACGGGCUUGUCCAAUUUCAAGGAUUCGUUGUCCUCCUGAAGAUGCAUUUUUAUCGAUAUUCCUAAUACGUUUGAUCCGUUAUCUGACAUUGUGCUAAUCUGACGGGAAUUGAACGGUUCAUUAGUGACGAAUUGUUUUUUAUCAACUAGCUUUCUAUCGCUCGUACUCGAAGUCUCUUUAAUGUUUUCUUCGUCAUAUUUAUCUUGGAGAUCCUCCCCUUUUUCCUUGUCGUCUACGCUAGCAAUAUCCUCUAUAACUUGAUCCUUGACGAUCCAUUGAUCUUGCUCCUCUUCUUCAUUCGACUUUGUCAAUUUUUCAAAUCCUUCUUCUUUGGAUGUAGUCAGCUUCGAAUAAUUCAAUAGUUCCGUUAAAUUUUGUACCUGCUUCGUCGUACUUUCGAUUUUUUCAUUCUUCUCGUCCUGAACAAUCGAAUUCAAUUUCGCCGGAUCGAUCGAUUGACGUUUUUCGUCGAUCGGUUCGUCCAAGCUUAAAGCUUCGUUAUCGAUUCCUUCCUCUAUGGGAACGGCUAUCAUAUGUUGUUCGACCGGAUGAUAGAGCAAAGCACAAACUAGCGUGUUCAAUGUUAAAGCACCCAUAAUAAGUACCGCACCUCUGGAAUAACGAAAGAAAGAUUGUUAAUAUUACGUUUCUUUUUUUGAGAUUAAAAAAAAAAAGAAAAAAAGAACGAAGAGAAAUAAAAUAAAAGUGUAUUUCUUUUACACAAUGUUUGCCCCGAAUCUAUGCGGCAAAUGUGCUCUUUCGCGCAUUUAAUGACAUCACUUAUACCAUUAGGAUGUCUAAGAAAUAACAAAUGUUAAAUGACUAACUGGCAAUUAUAUUCGUAUUUAUGUGAAUGGUAAACGAGCAACUGGGCAAUUACAUCGGUGCUAUUUCUGAUGUUCAAAGUGCAUCGUUCGACUUUCUAACGCCAUCCUCUUCCCCUCUCCUUUCACAAGUUACCUAUAUCCAAAACAGUCAAGAAGAUAUUGAAGAAGCGGUGGUAACACUAUAGUCCCAAUCGCGCUCCCGGAAAUGCAGAGACCGUUUGCAAAACCACGUAGCCUCUGGAAAUACGCUGUGACGAUGUAAAUCGUUGGUGGAAAGGAUAAACCAGCGCCGAUUCCGACCAUCAGACCAUAACUAGAUGAAGAAGAAAAAAAAAUAGAUAAGAAACGGAAUUAGCAAAAUAGCUGAGCAUCAUUCCAGUAGCGGCAAAGGUGCCGCCAAUUAAUGUCACGGUUUUAUAAGAAUACUUGGUAGAGAGAACACUCGACAAGGGACCUAUUACAAAGAUGGUACACGAUAAAUAAACACACAUUUGUAUAAGUUCUAUUCGAAUGGCAUGUUAGAUAAACUAAGAGAAUUUUAAUUCAUGUAAAUGGAUCGCUCAGAGUUGCACGGCUAUGUUUAGCAUAACGAUAAUAUAGUAAGAAGCCGAUCUCCUUACCCAAAGAGUUGUAGAGAAAAUAACAGAGAGCCGGCAUCCAAGAGGCUGCUGUUGGCGAUGCCUUGAAAACGUGAAGGAAUUCGACGAAGAGAACGCCGAAGGAUUUGACGGUUCCAGGGAUAAGGAAGUUGACAAUAAGGGCUGAGGUCAACACGACCCAACCCCACCCCCCGUCCGGUGGUAUCAUCUUCGUUUUGCCGCUAACAUUCCUCGUUGUCUUAGUCGUUGUCAUUGUCGUUGCUACUGCUGCUGCUGCUGCUGUUGUUGUCGUAAUAACGGGAAAUCGAUCGGAUCGAUUCUAACUCUGUGUUUCGCUAAUGAAAUCGCCCAACUAGAGGGUUUAGGAAAAUAACAGAAAACGGGAGGGAAAAUCAGAGAUUAAAUGUUACAUACGUAUUAUAAUAAUCAAUGCUAUGCAUACAGAAUCCAGCUAAGAAUAAUAGAAAUUUAUGGAUGUAUUUAUGUAUGAAAGAAUAUAUAUAUAUAUACAUAGAGAGAGAGAGAGAGAGAGAGAGAGAGAGAGAGAGAGAAAAAGAAAGA